UACUUAUUUGGUGCUGAACGGCACUGGAAGCUCGGGAGUUGAUAGGCCGUAUCGACAGUUGUGCAAGCCAGACCUGCAUUAAAACUUGGAGAAGAGUUUGUUCAAUUUCAUAUUAUACUUCAAAUCUUUAAAACUACACUUUUCUGAGGAUUGGUGAAAAGGACAUGUCGUACACAAAUAAUCAUCACAUUGAGGCCAACGCCGUGCAACGGGUGGCUAGUCUGCCGCUCUUCGACUCCGCCCUGAAAACUGUUGUUUCAGUUUACACGGACGUAAAGGGCGGUUACCCGCUCCUGAGUGUGGUGGGGGGCGUGGCUGAGAUUGGGGUGCGUAAUGUUUCCCAGGCUGCCAUUCUCCGUGCCACCCCCCUCCUACUUAGUCUGGAGCCCCAGAUUGAGGUCGUCAAUAACUAUGCUUGUAUGGGCUUGGACCAGCUGGAAAAUAACUUUCCCGUCCUGCACCAGUCUACAGAGGAGGUAUUGGGUCAUCUGAAGGAUGCCUUCUUUCUGACCCUGGAUGACGUGCAACUGCGUGUGAAUGAUGAGCUGGACGGGAUACAGGGGCGCUGGGACAAGCUGACCGAUGCCACCUGGUACUACCUCCUGGCUCUGCAGGAGUCACAGCUGGGUCAGAUGGCCACCUCGGGCCUGGACGACAUCCUCACACGCUCAGAGGAGGCCAUGGCCAAGUACAUGCCCCUGACGGCUACACUGCGCCUAGAGUGGGAGAGGAGGACACAGCAGUAUGAGGAUGAAGAUGGGGAGGAUGAGCCUGGGUUGUGGACGCGGUUCCGAGGCCUCCUGCUCUGUCUGAGCCUGCAGCUGUACCACCGCCUGCUGAAGCUCAGAAACAGGCUGGAGCGGGCCAUGGGGAUGCUACAGGAUGCUACCGACAGGAUGGGCCUGAGCAGGCUGCUGGAGGUGGUGAGCUCUGUGCUCCAGAUGCUGAAGCUGUUCUACGUGUCCCAGGUGUUGCGUCUGGAGGCCAUGAGGAGGCUGGCACUGGACCAGCUGAAGGCCCAGGUCCGGGUCCUGGCUGAACUGGGACCCAUCAAUCAGCUGCUGGGACUGCCUGCUCAGGUGCAGCUUGUGGUUGCCGACCUACAGGAGCUGGGCAAGAUCCUACUGCAGCUGCUGGUCAAAGGCAUGCUCCAGCAGCCAAGUGAUCAGGAUGUGGAGGACUUCCUCAACCAGCAGGAAUCCUUGUCCUCUGACACCACUCGCAGCAGUUCUGCCAGUAGCCUCUUUCUCAAGGCCAUAGACGGACGCCCACACAAUCGCAAGAGCUCGUAUGCCCGCUCCCAAACGGGCUCAACCAGUGCCCCCAGUCCAGCCUCAGCCAAAUCGCCCAACGGCAGCCGUGGCAGCCAGAAGCAGGAUGACCAGACUCUCUCUCUGGAACUCAAGAACCUGCAUCUCCCUUCCACCAUCGCUCUGUGUCGUCGCUCUUCAGUACGCAGGGGCUCAUCCAGCAGCAUCAAUCCCCCAGACCCCAGCCCAGUCCCCGGCCCAGCCCCGGCCAACCCAGGUAACGACGAUGACCAGUCUCUCUCUCGCCAGGGCAGCCAGAAGCAUGAUGACCAGCCUCUUUCUCGCCAGGGAAGCCAGAAGCCUGACGACCAGCCUCUCGCUUGCUGGGGCAGCCAGAAGCAGGAAGACCAGCUUCUCUUUGUGGAGCUGGACAGCAAUGUGUGCCACCGCUCCUCAGCCAUCGAGUUCCUCUUAGCCCCCAUCAUUCAGUACCUGAGCCCUGAGCAACUGUCAGAUGAGACUGUUAUACCUGAGGUGGAGACCACCAAUUUCCAUCCAGACACAAGAGACGAGAGCCUACCCAGACACCAGAGCCUGUCUGCCCGCUUCCAAAGAAGCUCAUCAAGUGCUGGCAACCCGGAUGACCAGUCUCUCUCUCGCUGGGGCAGUCAGAAGCAAGACGACCAACCUCUCUCUCUGGAGCUGGACCCCCUGGAGCUCCCUUCUACAAGCACCGUGCGUCGCCCCUCCUCGGCUGCCGAGGUCCUCCUAGGUUCCAUCCUCCAGUACCUGAUCUCUGAGCCACCCUCAGAUGAGUCCAUUAUACCCGAGGUGGAGACCACCAAGAACCACACAGAAACCAGAGACGAGGGCCUACCCAGACUCAACAGCCUGUCUUCCAGCUCCCAAUUGAGCUUGUCCAGUGCCGUUGCACCCGUGGUGGAGAUCACUGAGGACCUGAGCCCUGAGCAAGGCUCAGAUAAGGCCGUUGCACUUGAGGUUGAGAGCAUUGAGUACUACUCAGACACAAGAGACAUGAGCCCACCCAGAUGCAAGAGCCUGUCUGCCCGGUCCCGUCGGAGCUCAUCCAGUGUUGUCGCAACCGAGGUGGAAACCACUGAGGGCCUGAGACCUGAGCAAGUCUCAGAUGAGGUCAUUGCUUUCGAGGUGGAGAGCACUGAGUACUACUCAGACGCAAGAGACGAGAGCCCAUCCAGACGGAAGAGCCUGUCUGCCCACUCCCGCAGAAGCUCAUCAAAUGCUGGCAACCUGGAUGACCAGCCUCUCUCUAACCGGGGCAGCCAGAAGCCAGAUGACCAGCCUCUCUCUCUGCAGCUGGACCCCCAAGAGCUUCCUUCUACCAGCACCAUGUGUCGCCCCUCCUCGGCUGCCGAGGUCCUCCUAGGUUCCAUCCUCCAGUACCUGAGCUCUGAGCCACCCUCAGAUGAGUCCAUUGUACCCGAGGUGGAGACCACCAAGAACCACACAGAAACCAGAGACGAGGGCCCACCCAGACACAAGAGCCUAUCUGCCCACUCCCGCAAAAGCUCAUCAAGUGCUGGCAACUCGGACAACCAACCUCUCUCUCGCUGUGGCAGCCAGAAGCCUGAUGACCAACCUCUCUCUUGCCGGGGAAACCAGAUGUCAGAUGACCAGCCUCUCUCUCUGGAGCUGGACCCCCUAGAGCUUCCUUCUACCAGCACCGUGCGUCGUCCCUCCUCGGCUGCCGAGGUCCUCCUAGGUUCCGUCCUCCAGUACAUUAACUCUGAGCCUUCCUCAGAUGAGCCCUUUGUACCCAAGGUGGAGACCACCGAGAACCACAUAAAAGCCAGAGUCGAUAGCCUACCCAGACUCAACAGCCUGUCUUCCAGCUCCCAAUUGAGCUUGUCCAGUGCCGUUGCACCCGUGGUGGAGAUCACUGAGGACCUGAGCCCUGAGCAAGGCUCAGAUAAGGCCGUUGCACUUGAGGUUGAGAGCAUUGAGUACUACUCAGACACAAGAGACAUGAGCCCACCCAGAUGCAAGAGCCUGUCUGCCCGGUCCCGUCGGAGCUCAUCCAGUGUUGUUGCAACCGAGGUGGAAACCACUGACGGCCUGAGACCUGAGCAAGUCUCAGAUGAGGUCAUUGCUUUCGAGGUGAAGAGCACUGAGUACUACUCAGACGCAAGAGACGAGAGCCCAUCCAGACGGAAGAGCCUGUCUGCCCACUCCCGAAGAAGCUCAUCAAAUGGUGGCAACCCGGAUGACCAGCCUCUCUCUAACCGGGGUAGCCAGAAGCCAGAUGACCAGCCUCUCUCUCUGCAGCUGGACCCCCUAGAGCUUCCUUCUACCAGCACCAUGCGUCGGCCCUCCUCGGCUGCCGAGGUCCUCCUAGGUUCCAUCCUCCAGUACCUGAGCUCUGAGCCACCCUCAGAUGAGUCCAUUAUACCCGAGGUGGAGACCACCAAGAACCACACAGAAACCAGAGACGAGGGCCCACCCAGACACAAGAGCCUAUAUGCCCACUCCCACAAAAGCUCAUCAAGUGCUGGCAACUCGGACAACCAACCUCUCUCUCGCCGUGGCAGCCAGAAGCCUGAUGACCAACCUCUCUCUCGCCGGGGAAACCAGAUGUCAGAUGACCAGCCUCUCUCUCUGGAGCUGGACCCCCUAGAGCUUCCUUCUACCAGCACCGUGCGUCGUCCCUCCUCGGCUGCCGAGGUCCUCCUAGGUUCCGUCCUCCAGUACAUUAACUCUGAGCCUUCCUCAGAUGAGCCCUUUGUACCCAAGGUGGAGACCACCGAGAACCACAUAAAAGCCAGAGUCGAUAGCCUACCCAGACUCAACAGCCUGUCUUCCAGCUCCCACUUGAGCUUGUCCAGUGCCGUUGCACCCGUGGUGGAGAUCACUGAGGACCUGAGCCCUGAGCAAGGCUCAGAUAAGGCCGUUGCACUUGAGGUUGAGAGCGUUGAGUACUACUCAGACACAAGAGACAUGAGCCCACCCAGAUGCAAGAGCCUGUCUGCCCGGUCCCGUCGGAGCUCGUCCAGUGUUGUUGCAACCGAGGUGGAAACCACUGAGGGCAUGAGACCUGAGCAAGUCUCAGAUGAGGUCAUUGCUUUCGAGGUGGAGAGCACUGAGUACUACUCAGACGCAAGAGACGAGAGCCCAUCCAGACGGAAGAGCCUGUCUGCCCACUCCUGCAUAAGCUCAUCAAAUGCUGGCAACCCGGAUGACCAGCCUCUCUCUAACCGGGGCAGCCAGAAGCCAGAUGACCAGCCUCUCUCUCUGCAGCUGGACCCCCUAGAGCUUCCUUCUACUAGCACCAUCCUCCUAGGUUCCAUCCUCCAGUACAUUAGCUCUGAGCUACCCUUAGAGGAGCCUGUUGUACCCGAGAUGGACAACACCGAGAACACAGAAGUCAGAUACGAGAGCCCACCCAGAUGCAAGAGCCUGUCUGUCCGCUCUCGCAGAAGUUCAUCAAGUGCUGGAAACCCAUCAAAUGUCUGCCAGGGCAGCCAGAUGAGGAAUGACCAGCCUCUCUCUGUGGAGUUCGACAUCCUGGACAUCUCUUCUACCAGUGCUUUGCGCCGCCGAUCCUCUGCUGCCGAGGUCCUCCUUGGCCCCAUCCUCCAGUACCUGAGCUCUGAGCCACCCUCAGACGAGACCAUUAUGCCCAAGGUGGAGACCACCGAGAACCAAACAGAAGCCAGAGACGAGAGCCCACCAAGACACAAGAGCCUGUUUGCUCGCUCCCACCGGAGCUCGUACAGUGCCUCUGCACCCGAGAUGGAGACCACUGAGGACCAGAGUCCUGAGAAAGUCUCAGAUGAGGCCAUUGCACUUGAGGGGGAGAGCACUGAGUACUACUCAGAUGCAAGAGACGUGAGCCCAUCCAGAAGCAACAGCCUGUCUGCUGGCUCCCACAGAAGCUCAUCAAGUGCUGGUAAUCUGGAUGUCCAGCCCCUCUCUCGCCGGGGCAGCCAGAAGCCAGACGACCAGCCUCUCUCUCUGGAGCUGGACCCCCUAGAGCUUCCUUCUACCAGCACCAUGCGUCGGCCCUCCUCGGCUGCCGAAGUCCUCCUAGGUUCCAUCCUCCAGUACAUUAGCUCUGAGCCACCCUUAGAGGAGCCUGUUGUACCUGAGGUGGACAGCACCGAGAACACAGACGUCAGAGACGAGAGCCCACCCAGAUACAAGAGCCUGUCUGUCCGCUCUCGCAGAAGCUCAUCAAGUGCUGGCAACCCAUCCAACGUCCGCCAGGGCAGCCAGAUGAGGAAUGACCAGCCUCGCUCUGUGGAGUUCGACAUCCUGGACAUCUCUUCUACCAGUGCUUUGCGUCGCCGAUCCUUGGCUGCCGAGGUCCUCCUUGGCCCCAUCCUCCAGUACCUGAGCUCUGAACCAUCCUCAGACGAGACCGUAAUACCCGAGGUGGAGACCACAGAGAAGAAUGCACAGUUAAGAGAUGAAAGCCCACCCAGAUGCCAGAGCUUGUCUCCCCGCUCCCGCAGGAGCUCGUCCAGUGCUGUUGUGCCCGAGGUGGAGACCACUGAGUAUUGCUCUGACGAAGGAGACAGCAGUCCACUCAGACGCAAAAGCCUGUCAAUCCGCUCCCGCAGGAGUUCAUCCAGUGGAGGAAACGCCCCAUCCCCCCGGCUAACCCCGGACAACACACACAAUGGCCUCCAGGCAAGCCAGAUGCAGGACAACCUGGAUGAGUUGGACACCAGCGCUGUGCGUCGCCGCUCCUGGGCUGUCGAGGUCCUCCUAGACCCCAUUCUGCAGUACCUGAACCCUGGGCACUCAGAAAAGGCCGAUAUAGAAGAGGCCGAAAUACCCGCGGUGGAGGCCACAGAACACUAAGAAGUCACCAGUGUCCUAGAAAUGGCCCCCUUUGAAGGCCCAGGUGUAAGACUUAUUAGUUGAUUUUAGUUUGUGGGUACACAUAGGAGGACCAUAGUUCAGCAGACAUAAUCUGUGAUUAAUCCAUUGUAAUACAAAAUGUGUCAAUGUUUGUGACUGAAAGAUUCAGGCGCUCUACUUCAUGUACAGACGCCAACCCAAAUUUGUUUUGGUUUCCUAACUGAGCAUCAUGUGACAUUAUACACCUUGUAUCCCAUUAUAUAUUAGACAUAACUAUUCUUAU